AGUGCUCGUCAGUUUUCGAAGUAGGAGCCAUGGCGACAACAGCUCAGUAUAUUCCGAGGAAUAACUCCUUACCGUCUAACCCGCUCAUGCAUCCGGAUUCGGACAGGAUGCACCAGGGGACGACCUACAGAGAGGUACAGAAAAUGAUGCACCACGAGUACUUGCAAGGGCUUGCGGCGACCAACACGGGACACCCGAUGAGCCUGACGCACCAUCAGUGGCUGCCAACCUCCAACACAGACUGGUCCAGCGGCACCCACAUCGGACAGGAGCACAAAGCCAGCGUGCAGGCGAGCAGGGAGGACCUGAGCAACGGGUUCCACCACAGGUCUCACCUGGUGCACCAGCAGGCGCAGAGUGGCCACCAUGGUUCGUGGGCGCCUGCCACGACGCACCACUUAUCCCCGCUGUCCCCAGCAUCUAACGGCCACCAGUCACUUGUCUACUCACAGCCUGGAUACACAAACCUCAACGCAAUGUUGAGUCCCCAGCCCGGCACGCUGCACCAUGGCAUGCGGGACCCACUCCACGAUGAUUCGGCCAGCCACGACAACCAGAUGGAGUCGCCCCAGCAGGCUUUCAGCCACCACCAGGAUCACUCGGACGAGGACGCGCCCAGCUCCGACGAUCUGGAGCAGUUUGCCAAGCAGUUCAAGCAGCGGCGGAUCAAACUUGGCUUUACGCAGGCGGACGUGGGGUUGGCCUUGGGCACCCUGUAUGGAAACGUCUUUUCUCAGACCACUAUCUGCAGAUUCGAGGCGCUGCAGCUCAGCUUCAAGAACAUGUGCAAACUUAAGCCGCUCCUUAACAAGUGGCUGGAGGAGACAGACUCAAACACGGGCAGUCCCACCAAUUUGGACAAGAUUGCUGCGCAGGGCAGGAAACGAAAGAAGAGGACCUCCAUCGAAGUGGCUGUGAAAGGGGCGCUGGAAAAUCAUUUCUUAAAAUGCCCAAAGCCAUCUGCUCAUGAAAUCAGCACUUUAGCCGGUACUCUGCAGUUGGAUAAAGAGGUUGUCCGUGUUUGGUUUUGCAACAGAAGACAAAAAGAGAAAAGAAUGACACCAGUGGGGGUCCCUCACCCGAAUAUGGAGGACGUAUAUUCCCAAGCAGAGACCCCUCCUCUACACCGCACACUACAGAGUCCUGUGCAGUGACUGUUUUCAUGAACAAUCCGAGCAUUUCCGCGGGGGGAUAGAAAAGGGAAAGGGGCUAUGGAGUUUACAGUAUUUAAGUUUGGCUUUUGUUUUCCUGAGAGAAAAGAGACGUGGAAAAGUUGAACAGAUCAGUUUUGCCUUUAGUAUUCGCGAUUCGCGUGCUCAUCAAAUAGAUGGCAAGAGGAAAAAAACGUUAAGAAAAAAAGAAUCAUAAAAAAGAAAAAAAAAUUCGCUAUUACUGAUUCCGUGCGCAUUUAAAGUGAAACAAAGAUCUUUAUUUACCAAAAUUUUACAGAGGAGACAUGCAUAUAAAGUAAAUUUGAUAUCCAAUGGCUGCUCCAAAUAGGGGGUAAUUAAAUGUGGCAACUGAGUCCAUCUCCUCCUGGUGUACCAUGAACUGUAGGCGCUGACCCGAAUGAGGUUGUAGCCUGAAAAUGAUCAACACUGGAGAUGAAAAGCCUACACUGAAUGAACAUUUAGCUUUUUUCAGGCUUAAACUGGUUAUCUGAAUAUUAGUGUAUACUUUCUUUGUUAUAUUAAGUGUGACGUUUUGGUUCGGGAAAUUCUUUAACUUCAGUGUCUCUCUUCCUGCAAAGUGUCUAUGAUUUUGUUCAUUAUUUGCUAUGGGUACUGUAUCUCAUCAGAGCAACCGCUAAUUUCUUAUUUUUUCUGUUUACUCAGUGGGAGUUGAUGGUUGGAGGAGUGAUGGAAAUUGUGGCACCCGAAAACACAACACUUACAAAUAACGCCAGACACGUUUUAGAAAUUGUGCAAGUGCAACAGGACAUCCAAGUUCUGACUGCAUGCCUUAAAAAAAUCGAGCUUUUUGCAGCUGACCACGCCGACAUUUGCAAAAAGCACCAAAUUAGAAGCAAGCGUUUCUUUUCUUUUCUUUUCUUUUCUU